AUGUCGAUGUUCAGGGCCAAGAAGCUUGAUAUUGGGUCUUUUCUCAAUAUCAAGGUCAUCCGCGACCACACCAAGAGAAAGGUGUUUGCAGAGCACGAGGCGGAGAGACAAGCACUCCGAUACAUCAUCAGAAACACGACUCUGCCGGCACGGACGAGGGCCGAGGCCCAGCUUCAGUUGACUCAGAUGCACUGUUAUACUCGACCCACACAGAUCCGCGGCAGAUGUAUACUAGGUGGAAAGGGACGUGGUAUCUUUAGAGACUUCAAGAUGUCAAGAUACAACUUCAGAAUGCAGGCGUUGGAGGGUAAUCUUCCUGGUGUGAGGAAGGCCAGUUGGUAA